AUGUCGCGAGCUGAUGCUGGUCGUCUCAUCCAUCUCUCCAAAAAGCGCGAACGCGCAAAAGAGGAUAUGGAGCAGCAGUUGAAGAAAAUGGAAGAGGAAUCCUCCAGAAGGGCGGCAGGAAUAUCUUCAAAGUUCACAGCGAAUUAUGAUGCCGUUGAGGAACAUCUCAAGACGAAAACUGUUGGAUUGGUAACUCUCGAUGAAAUGCGCGAAAAGCAGAAGGAUGUCGUCCACGAUCGGGAAGAGACGGUGGUUCGUGGUGAAAGCUCCAAGUCACAGAAAAGCGACGGCAGUAAAUUGAAUUCCACGGAUGAGGGGAAAGUCGCACAGGUCAGUUGCUAA